AUGAACGCUCUCAAGUUUUGUUUAGUGAUACUCUGGUUGAUUCAAGUCAAAGCUAAUACAACUUGCUUGCCUAAUGACAUUCACGCAUUGAUCCUCGCCCGCGGAGGCAGUAAAUUAAUUACAUAUAAAAAUUUAGUUGAAAUCGAUGGCUUGUCAUUAUUAUCGCGUACUAUUAUAACCAUAAGAAAAUCAAAUUGUUUUGAGCAUAUCUGGGUCUCAACAGAUGACGAGAAAAUUGCACUAGAAGCUACAAAAUAUGGUGCCUUGGUCCACAAUCGACCUGAAAAAUACGCAUUGGAUGAGACAUCGUCCGUUGAAUCAGUCAAGGAAUUCCUUGAAGUCCACAAAUACGUACAAAAUUUCGCAUUGUUUCAAUGCACGUCGGUUUUCUUAAGAGAGAAGUAUAUUAAGCAAGCGGUUAGUAAAUUUAAAUCGCAUGAUUGCGUAUUUGCCGUUAAGAGAUCUCAUAAUUUGCGUUGGAAAUCGGUUAAUGGACAAGUUUUGGCUGAUAAUUUUAAUAUGGAAGCCAGACCACGGCGGCAAGACUGGAAAGGAGAUAUGGUAGAAGCCGGAAUGUUUUAUUUUUCAAAGAGAAAUCUGGCAAUGAAAGGACUUUUACAGAAUGAAAAGUGCGCAGUUGUUGAGAUUAAAGGUGAAGAUGGUCUGGAAAUUGAUUCAUAUCGUGACCUGGAUAUAGCUCGUUGUAUUGUAAAUAGUAAUAAAUAGUUUAAAGUAAAUAAAUUUUUAAUAA